CCUCUAGCAACAACAUCAGCUUAUAAACUUCUUCCGUCUUUUUUGUUUCAGGGUCUCCGCAAAAAUGGCUUUAAUCGGACGUUUAUCGCAGAAGCUCUUGAAGUCGGCCGCGCUGACCCAAACCCGUCAGUUUUCAGCGGCAGCUCACGGAGAACAAGCAGCCAAGACAUGGAAGAUCCUGACAUUUGUGGUGGCGCUGCCUGGUGUCGCUGUGUGCAUGUUGAACAUGUACCUCAGGUCUCAGCACCAUCAUGAGAUGCCAGAGUUUGUUCCCUACAGCCACCUGCGCAUCCGCAGCAAGCGUUUCCCAUGGGGUGAUGGCACCAAGAGUCUCUUCCACAACCCUCACGUCAAUGCUCUCCCCGAUGGCUAUGAGCAUCAUGAUGAGUAAAGGCUGUUAGGAGCUCUCCAGAACUCCACUACAGGGACCAUAGGGCUUCCCUGGACCUCUGCCCAGGCCUGGACCACUCCUCAGUUUCUUUCAGUUUACCUGAAGUCUUUUCAUUUUGUUGUUACCUCUGUGCUUUUCACACUUGAUGUGGAAGUACCUUAUGGAAGCAAAUACAUUUACUCUUACUGGACCAUUGUAUCAACUUGUCUGCUUAAAAUU